CUACGACCCGUCGCUGAAGUCCUACGACACGCAUAUGAAACCGUACGAGACGCAUCUCAAAGCCUACGACACACAUCUGAAACAAUACGACCCGUCGAUAAAAAGCUACGAGCCCCAUCCCAAGUCGUACGACCAUACGCUUAAGCCUUACGACCAUACUAUGAAACCGUACGACCAGUCUCUUAAGAUCUACGAUCAUAGUUCACUGCUGCCUGUGUCGAAUGGCCACGACCUCUGUGAAAUGAAAAAUAUAGCAGCGGCGAAAGUUGAAAACAAAGUCUCCGGCAGCGGAACAGGGCUGUCAUCUGGUGGUACAGCCGGCUGUUCGAUGAAUGACAACGACGAUGCUGACAGCGAGGACGAGUCCCCCAGCACCACAACCAACCCCCCGGAAAGCCCUGGGGAGGAGGAGGGGAAGAACGGGAAGAAAUCAGGGGUCGGGGUCCGCAGGUCGGAAAAACCCCCGUACUCCUACAUAGCGCUGAUUGUCAUGGCGAUUCAGUCAUCGCCGACCAAACGCUGUACGCUCAGCGAAAUUUAUCAGUUUCUUCAACAGAGAUUUCCAUUUUUCAGGGGAAGUUAUCAAGGGUGGAAAAACUCGGUGCGGCAUAAUCUCUCCCUUAACGAAUGUUUCAUCAAGUUGCCCAAAGGCAUUGGUCGACCGGGGAAAGGCCAUUUUUGGACCAUAGACCCUGCAGCCGAGUUUAUGUUCGAAGAGGGGUCAUUCAGACGACGACCGAGAGGUUUUCGAAGAAAAUGCCAGGCGCUUAAACCUUUUGGGAUGCUGAACGGAAUGGGCGGGGGCGGUCCGAUGAUGAGUCAUUAUGAUUUCAUGGGCCCCCAUAACCCCGGGAUGUCGUCCAUGAACAUGGCCUGCGGGAUGGCCAACGGUCAGAUGUCCUCGUACGACCCGUACUCCCAGCAGAUGAUGCCCGGGAACUCGAUGCAGCAGAUGGGCAUGGCCCCCAACUACAGUUCCUACAACAGAUACGCCCAGAGCGCAUGCGCCAUGCCAGGGUUCCAGUCACCGGUGUCCAGUCUGCCCAGCAUGGCGUCCAUGUCGAACAUGGCCGCCGGCCUCCCGAGCAUGUCCAACUUCCAAGGCAUGUCCAACAUCCACAACAUGACGUCAUCGAAUCUACCCGGCUUCCACCACGGUAUUUCCGGGAUGAACGCCAUGGGCGGCGCCGACUACAAUUUAGGCAGUCUGGGCGGUGGGACUACCCCCGGGGGGUUCCAGCCCCCGACGUCGUCCACGCCUAACAUGACACCGCCCUCGUACGACCGCGAUGUCUUGGGGAACUCAAUGCGAGAUCCCAGUUCUCGCGAGAACUUGUUGAUGCGAGACACCAGUGCUUCAGACAAUUCUUUGAGAGACACUUCUUCGGCAGCAGGAGCUUCUGGGCCAACGCCCACUUCUAGAGAUGGACUUCUGUCUCCUUCCUCCGAUCUAUCCCACGACGUCCAGGCGUCGAUGGCGAACAAAUACGCCGGAAACAGCCCGUCGAACUAUCAAUCCCGAGACGCUGUCAUGGCAACGCGGGACGCCAUCGCGGCGUAUCAGAUGCGGGACUCGGGCGUUUAUUCAAAAGAAAGUCUACGGGAUUCGGUCGCGGCGUAUAACCGUGACGCCGUGUCGGCGUACAACCGUGACGCCGUGUCAGAGUCGCUGCGUGACGCCUCGCUGUAUCACCGGGAGCAGCAGGCGCUGUAUAGCCGGGACUAUUCCACGCCCAUGGCGGGCGCCGGGAGCAACAUGAUGCCGGGACUAUACCAGUGGGGCGGGCAGACCCCCAGAGGUGGAUACCCGAGCGGGGUCAAGCAGCAGCCCCUCUCCCCCGCCGGAAGUACGGGGUCGCUCCAGUCCAUGUCCCCGCCCUCGAGCAAUGACCAAAGUCCGUAUGGAUCUACGACGAACCCCAGCCUGGGGGGUGAGAGUGUGGAUCUGUCCGUCUCAGCACUACGACUUCAAGGUCAGCAAUACCCUGGACACGCACCAUGUGACCGGAAACCGUCCUAUUUUUAUGGCUCCGCCCCCGGGAUGACGACGGCAUCGAUGCAAGCGUCAGCCUACUACGACAAAUGCUAGGUACUCAUUAGGACACAGUCGCAGCUCAGUUAUCCAACAGAAGGAUUAUUAACUGGACACCAUCGGUACACUAAAAGACUAUGAUAUAUAAAUAAAUCUAAAACAGGUUGAAAGAGAAACGUCAUGUUGCUUACCAAUGCGCACGGAAACAAGUUUAACAUUGUGUUUUGUGUGUGUUUUAAACUUCAAUUUCAGCAAAGAAUGUUAACUUUUUUUUAGGACUAGUUAGUCAUAACAUUUUAUUUUUAUUUUAAAUGCUUUAUGGAUAGUCUACUUUAUACAAAUAAAAGUGUUGAAUGGAAUUAGUUUAUAAUGGCAACUUUUGAUUUUGUAACCUGAGCUUAAUUUCUAUUUUAGAAUUACCAUUUGAAUUGUCUAGAUAAACUAGGUUUCUUCACGUCAAUGUUUUGUGAGGGUUAGUUUUGAAAACUCGCAAUUUAAAUUAUGUUUAGCAAAAUUAGCUUAAUAAAUAAGAAAUUUCAUAAUGUAAGAAAGAUAUGUGUAUUGAUUUUUAAAAAUAUUUGCCUUCUGACUUAAGGUUAAAGAUUACAUUAAUUUCAGCAUAAGUCCCUUAUAUGUGGGUACUGGUGCUUAGCAAAGACAAUUUGUAGGUUGUUGUAUAUGGACACAUUCUUUGAUAGUGAAAUAACCUACUUAGUUUUGUACAGAAGAGGCAAUUUGAUUUGUUGUUUUUAUACACUAGAUUCUUGGCAAUGCAAUUAAUAUACGGCUGAUUACGUAAAUAUGUGGACAAACUGCAACCUUUUAUUUAAAAUGUGCCUUCUAUAUUGGAUUUUUUUUACAUUUGCCUUAGAUUAUGUACAUAAGUUAUUAUCGAAUCGAGGCUUUAAAAUCUUAGAAAAUUUCAUAUUUUAUGUGCCUUAUUGUUCCAUAAAGUUUUCUGUUCUAUUAAAGUCUGCUUUAAUCAAAGGUCAUGACGCAUGCGAAGUGUACAUAUAUGCGUUACUUUUAUGGUGCUAAUUGUACAUAUAUUUUACUUAUGGCUACAGCGUUCACUAUACAUAUAAAUUUGUAUUCACUUUGUGUGUAUAUAAGUACAGUAAUAUCUUUGUAAAUGUUAUUAAAUGUUGCGUUACUUUAUAGUUAGUUACCGCAUUGUUUUGUAU